CCCGGCCCUGGCCGCGGCUCCGCUCCCGCCCCUCGCCGGAGCGGCCCGGAGCGGCCCGGAGCGGAGCGGAGCGGAGCGGCCCGGCCCCGCCGUGCGCAGCGCCUUAGGUGGGCGCCCGCUUCCCGGCCACCGCGGCUCGGCUCCGCUCGGGACGGAUCGGAUCGGUUCGGGACGGAUCGGAUCGGUUCGGGACAGCUCGGCUCGGCUCGGCUCCGCUCAGCUCGGGACGGAUCGGAUCGGAUCAGUUCGGAACAGCCCGACUCGGGACAGCCCGGCUCGGCUCGGCUCGGCUCGGCUCGGCCCGGCCCGGCUCGGCUCGGCUCGGUCCAGCCCGUUGCGGUACGAUGGUGACCUGUCCGCCGGGCGUCCCGGACCCGCUCGGUGCCGAGCGCCAGCGAUAACCCCGGGCUGGCUGGAGGUGCUCUGUAUCAUGGGACUGUCGCCCGGCGCGUGCCUCUUCCUCGCGCUCGCCCUGGCCCCGCUGCCCGCCGGCGCCUGGCAGUGCCCCCGCAUCCCCUUCAGCGCCACCAGGAACUUCUCCGUCGCCUACCCGCUGCCGGGCCUCGACGCCGGCAGCCCCGUGCAGAACGUCGCUGUCUUCGCCGACCCCUCCGGGGCGGCCGCCGUCUUCGUGGCCGUCCGCAACGGGAUCCUGGUGGCCAGCCCUGAGCUGCGCGUCCGCUCCGUCCUCGUCACCGGCCCCGUGGGCAGCGCCCGCUGCGAGAUCUGCAGCCUGUGCCCGGCCGCGGGGGACGCCGCGAGCCCCGCGGACACCGACAACGUGCUCCUGCUGCUGGACCCCCUCGAGCCGUGGCUCUACAGCUGCGGCACGUCCCAGCGCGGCCUGUGCUACCAGCACGAGCUGGAGGUGCGUGACGGGGAGGUGGCCAUCGUGGCCACGCGCUGCCUGUACUCCGCCACGGGCAACGGCCCCGCGGCCUGCCCGGACUGCGUGGCCAGCCCCCUGGGGACCAGCGCCACCGUGGUGGCCGACCGCUACGCCUCUUUCUUCUACCUCGCCUCCACCGUCAACAGCAGCAUCGCGGCGCGGUACAGCCCCCGGUCGGUGUCCAUCCGCAGGCUGAAGGGCACCUUGGACGGCUUCUCGGACAGCUACCACUGGCUGACGGUGCUGCCGCCCUACCGCGACAGCUACCCCAUCCGUUACGUGCACUCCUUCAGCGACGGCGACUACGUGUACUUCCUGACGGUGCAGCAGGAGCACCCCCGCGCCGGCGGGUACCACACGCGGCUGGCCCGCCUCAGCACCCAGGAGCACGACCUGCGCCGCUACCGCGAGCUCAUCCUGGACUGCCGCUACGAGUCGAAGCGGCGGCGGCGGCGGCAGAGCACUGAGGCGGGCGCCGAGCGCGACGUGGCCUACAAUGUCCUACAAGCGGCCCACGCCGCCCGGCCUGGCGCCCGGCUGGCCCACGACCUCAGCAUCAACGCCACGGAGCUGGUGCUCUUCGGGGCCUUCGCGGAGAGUCAGGCGGAGAGCAGGGCGCCGCGCGAGUACUCGGCCGUGUGUGCCUUCCCCCUCCGCCUCCUCAACCAGGCCAUCGAGGACGGCAUGGACAAGUGCUGCGGGAUCAACGGGCAGCCGCUGCUGCGGGGACUCAACUUCUACCAGCCUGUGGAGUACUGCCCACACAACGUGGACCUCUCGGCGCCCGUGGUGAACACCAGCUGCUGGGACCAGCCCACCCUCGUCCCCGCCACCUCCCACAAGGUGGACCUCUUCAACGGGCGCCUGGUGGGCGUCCUCCUCACCUCCAUCUUUGUCACCGCCCUCGGGGACGUCACCGUGGCCCACUUGGGCACGGCGGAGGGGCGCAUCUUCCAGAUGGUGCUCCAGCGGUCCAGCUCCUUCGUGAUCACCUUGGCCAACUUCUCCCUAGGCGAGCCGCAGCCGGUGCAGCGCGCCGUGGGGCUGCAGGGGCACUCGCUGCUCUUUGCCAGCGGCAGCAAGGUGUGGCGCGUGAACGUCACCGGCCCAGGCUGCCGCCACUUCUCCACGUGCCAGCGCUGCCUGCACGCUGAGCGGUUCAUGGGCUGCGGCUGGUGCGGGGGCACGUGCACGCGCCGCGAGGAGUGCAAGGGCCACUGGAUCCAGGACUACUGCUCACCUGUCCUCACUGAUUUCCACCCCAGGAGCGCCCCGCUGGGCGGCCGGACCCGGCUGACGCUCUGUGGCAUGACCUUCCGUUCCCGCCUGGACCCGGACGCCCCUACGGGCCCCACCAGCACCUACCAGGUGACGGUGGGGCAGCAGGUGUGCACCAUGCUGCCCGACGAGACCAGGAGCCACAGGUCGCUGCCCACGUUGCGCCGCAAGGACUUCGUGGACGUGCUGGUGUGCGAGCUGGAACCGGGCGGCGUGCAGGCGGCGGGGCCGGCCGACGUGGUGCUCAGCAUCAACGAGACCACGGGGCCUGCGGGCUUCCGGGUCAACGGCUCCUCCGACCUCAGCGGCUUCGUCUUCGUGGUGCCCAACGUGAGCUCCGUCCGCCCCCCGUUCGGCCCACGCAGCGGCGGCACCGAGAUCACUGUCCGCGGCAGCAACCUCACAGCGGGGAGCAGCUGGCGGGUGACGCUCAAUGACUCCGAGUGCCCCCUGGCCGGGCAGCCCAGCCACCGCUGCUGUGUCCCCAGCCAGGGAGACGGGGCGAUUCGCUGCAUCGCUCCCACUGCCAGCGGCCUCGGCAUGGCCUCCGUGGCCCUGUGGAUCGACGGGAAGCAGUUCCCGGCCCCGGAGCCCUUCCAGUAUCGUCCUGACCCCUUCAUUUUGGGCAUCACCCCCAACUGCAGCUACGAGGGCUCCACGCUCACCCUCUUUGGGACCCACCUGGACUCCGUGUAUCAAGCCAAGAUCCGCUUUGAGGCCAGUGGUGUGAAGACCGAAACCCAGGCGUGCCAGGGCCCCCGGGUGCCCGACCAGCUGCUGUGCCAGAGCCCGGCCUUCCCCUUCGAGAACAAGGUGGAGACAGCCGCCGGGAACCUGAGCGUGCUGCUGGACGGCGCUGCUGACCGCUGGCUCUUCCGCCUCCGCUACUACCCCCGGCCCGAGAUCUUCCCUUUUGAGCAUGAGGACAGGCGGUACCACCUCAAACCUGGCGACGAUGAGAUCGAGAUCCAUCAAUUUGGGCUGGACGCCCUGGCCACCUGCAUGAACAUCACCAUGACAGUGGGGGGCCGGGACUGCCACCCCAACGUGCUGAAGAACGAGGUGACCUGCCGGCUGCCCAGGGAGCUGCGUCUGCCCCCGGACGGGGCUCCCGUGCAGAUCUGCGUCAACGGUGCCUGCAAGGACCUGGGCUUGGUGCUUGCCACCUCCUCGCUGGACCUGGUGGCCAGCGUUGCCCUGGGCACCGGCAUCACCUUCCUGGCCUUUGUCGUCCUGGUGUUUGCGCUGCUGAAAUGGAAGUGGAGGAAGAAGAGAGGGACGGAGAACCUGGAGCUGCUGGUGAAUCCAGGCAGGUCGGAGCCUCCCAGCACCACCCAGCGCCCUGGCGUCGACUACAGGGAGGUGCUGGUGGUGCCCGCAGCCGUCAGUCCUGGCCGGCCUGGCCCCCGUGCGUGGUUUGCCGGCGCUGGCGCCACAGGUAGCGGCUCCCCCGUGCCCCUGCUCAGGGCCACGUCCUGCUGCCUCGAGGACCUGCAGCCGGAGCUGCUGGAGGAGGUGAAGGACAUCCUCAUCCCCGAGGACCGGCUCGUCACUCACCGGCACCAGAUCAUCGGCAAAGGGCACUUUGGCAGCGUGUACCAUGGCACGUAUAUGGACCCGCUGCUUGGAGCGGUUCACUGCGCUAUCAAGUCCCUGAACCGCAUCACAGACGUGGAGGAGGUGGAGGAGUUCCUGCGCGAGGGCAUCCUCAUGAAGAGCUUCCACCACCCCCAAGUUCUCUCGCUCAUCGGGGUCUGCCUGCCUCGCCAGGGGCUGCCCCUUGUCGUGCUGCCCUACAUGCGCCAUGGUGACCUGCGGCACUUCAUCCGCGCCGAGGAACGGAGCCCCACGGUGAAGGACCUCAUCGGCUUCGGGCUGCAGGUUGCCCUGGGCAUGGAGUACCUGGCCCAGAAGAAGUUCGUGCACAGGGACCUGGCUGCCAGGAACUGCAUGCUGGAUGAGACAUUCACAGUGAAGGUGGCCGACUUUGGGCUGGCGCGGGACGUGUUCGACAAGGAGUACUACAGCAUCCGGCGGCACCGGCACGCCAAGCUGCCCGUCAAGUGGAUGGCCCUGGAGAGCCUGCAAACCCAGAAGUUCACCACCAAGUCGGAUGUGUGGUCCUUCGGGGUGCUCAUGUGGGAGCUGCUGACGCGGGGGGCAUCGCCGUACCCCGAGGUGGACCCCUACGACAUCACCCGCUACCUGCUGCGCGGGAGACGUCUGCCGCAGCCCGAGUACUGCCCCGACUCGCUGUAUGCGGUGAUGCUGAGCUGCUGGGCCCCCGCUCCCGAGGAGAGACCGUCCUUCUCCAUCCUGGUGAGCGAGCUGGAGGGCAUCCUGGCCUCCCUCGAGGGCGAGCACUACGUCAACCUGGCUGUUACCUACGUCAACCUGGAGCGUGGCCCUCCCUUCCCACCAAUGGCUUCUGACCAGGGCCAGCUGGCCGCCAGUGGCGAUGAGGAUGAUGAUGAAGAGGAAGAGGAGGAGGAGGAGGAAGAAGAGGACAUGGCUGUGUGCUAAGGGGAGUGCUCCGUGCCGUGGGGCUCCUGGACUGCCAGUGUGGGGUGCUCUCCCAGUGGGAUGGACACCAGAACACAGCUGGUGUUGUGGGGCGCUCUCCUGAUGGGAUGGAUGUCAGGACACAGCUGGGUGCUGUGGGGCACUCUCCUGAUGGGAUGGAGGCCGGGACACAGCUGGGUGCUGUGGGGCACUGACCCGAUGAGAUGAAGGCCAGGACUCAGCUGGGUGCUGUGGGGCACUGACCCGAUGGGAUGGAGGCUGGGACAAGGCUGGGUGCUGUGGGGCACUGACCCAGUGGGAUGGAGGCUGGGACAAGGCUGGGUGCUGUGGGGCACUGACCCAAUGGGAUGGAGGCUGGGACAAGGCUGGGUGCUGUGGGGCACUCUCCCCAGGGCUCACACCAGCACCCUUUUGGGUGCUAUGGUGCCCCCUGACUUGGUCCCACACUGACCAGGUGCUGUGGGGCUCAGCCCCACGCUGGCUGGGUGCCAUGGGGCUUCCGGGCUUGGCCUAUGGUGGCAGGGCUGUGCUGGGGGGCUCCUGGGCUCAGCCCCACGUCGGCAGGGCUUUGCCAUGGCCGCGCUUGCUGCAAGCCCUGGGGAUGCAUCUGUGGGUGCUGGGAACACCGUGGGGCUCAGCAGCGUUUGACCCGUCCAGGCGGACCCAUCCCGUGCGGUUCAAUAGGAUGUCUGGGGUUUGCAGGAUACCUGCGGGCUGUACGUAUUCAGCGUUCACCCUCUGAAUCACUCAUAAAACCCUGAUUAUAUUUUU